UUAAGUUCGAAUAAGUUUAGUUAUGAUAUAGUUCGAAUAUAUUUAUUCGAAUAUAUUUUUUCGAACUAAAAAAAAUCAAACUGUAAGACCAACACAACUACGCGACAAAUCAGUAUGUUUAGUUUUACUUCGAACUAAAAAAAAUCAAACUGUAAGACCAACACAACAUCCGACAAAUCAGUAUGUUUAGUUUUACUUGAUGGUGAAAAAGUAUGCAAUACAAAGUUGUGUGGAAAGAACCCAACAAAUCUUAAACUACAUUUAGCAAGAAACCAUAAGUCUGUACACGUUGAGCUGGAAGAGUCGGAAUUAAAGAAAUUAAGUGAAAAAAAGAAAACAGGGAUAAAGAGAAAAGCAGUGGAUGAAAAUGGACCCACUCUUUUAGAAUCGUCCUCAAAUCAGAACCAGACCUUGAUUCAAUGCAUUAAUCGUAGGAAUACCGCAUGGCCUAUUAAUUCACACGAGCAUAAAAUUCGACUAAACUCUCUUAUUCAAAUGAUAAUUGCAACAUGUAAUCCAGUGACAUUGGUGGAUAAUGCGAGUUUUAGAAAGUUAGUUAAUACCUUGGAUUAUAAAUUUUCAUUGCCUGCUUCUGCCAAAAUUACUAGCCUACUUAAUGAAGAAUUUACUGUUUUAACGAGAAAACUUCGUGACUUCAUAUCUGAAGGCAGGCGCUUCACAAUAUGCCUUGAUGGCUGGACUAAAAAAGGUCUUACUGCGUCCUUUUUAGGAAUUUCGGUUUGUUUUUUUCACUUCAAAACCAAUACAUGCUCUGCUUAAUUUGUAUCUUGUGAAACAUCCACAUACAGGUGAACAAAUUGCUAAUUGUUUUGAAAAAUGCCUAAAAUAUUGGAAUAUUUCUAGAGAAAAAAUAUUGCUUGUUAUUUCGGACAAUGGAGCAAACAUGGUCAAAGGCAUAAAGUUGUCGAGAAUGAAAGCUCAAGCUGAACGUGAUAUACUUAUUGAAUUAGAAAGUGAGGUUAAUGAAGAGCAGAUAACAGAUCUGGAAGACGAUGAGAAUAUGACAAAUAGUGAAGAGUGGGAACAUGUUGACUUGAUAGUUGAUGUAAUAGAAAACGUAGCAUUUAGAAGAUUGGGAUGCAUUGCACAUGUUAUACAGCUAGUUGUAAAACUUGCAUAUGAUAGUAAAUAUCAUGGCUUACUUUUGAAGGUACGUGGAUUAGUGGGAAAAGUUCGCAAAUCUUCUGUUGCAUUGGAAAAAAUUAUCAACAAAUAUGGUAAGACUGUGAUCAGCGACUGUUCUACAAGAUGGAACAGCACUUACUUUAUGGUUCGGAGAUUUCUGGAAAUAAAGACAUCUAUCAACGAAGUGCUUGGAGACCUUAACAUUGAUUCACUUGCCAAUAGCGAAUGGAUAAUGCUUCAGGAUUUUGUCAAUCUUUUAGAACCUUUUGCCAAUGAAACUGAUAUUCUUCAGACGGAUGCACUUUCACUAUCCAGUGUUAUACCUUCAAUACUUAAUUUAGAAUGUCACCUUGAGCAAUUUGGAGAUGCCAAAGAUAUAGCAGUUAAAAUGCUUGAAGAUCUACGCCGUCGUUUUGCCGUUCUUUUGCAGCCAAACGAUCCUAAUUUUAAUCCACUGCCAUGUGCCGCAUGUCUACUUGACCCCACAUGUGCAAUAGCUCUUUUAGGUAAUGAGCAUACACAAAUCAGAGAGUGUGCAAAGAAAUACAUUUUUUCAGAGGCUAAAAAAUCGGUGCAACAUGAUUUACCUUUAGCAAGUGCAUCUACUCUUUCUGUUGAGAUUGCUCCAGAAAUAAAUGGAUUAACAAAAUGGAAAUUUUUAGCGGCAAAACAGCGAGUAGAAAAAAUAAAGCUUAUUCCAGGUAAUGAAGCACAAAAUGAACUCAACAAAUAUUUUAUUGAAAUAAGGAACAGCUCUAUGUGCCAAAAUGCUUUAAAUUUCUGGAAGAUGAGACGUGCUGUUUACCCACAUAUUGCACCAUUAGCUGAAGACCUCAUUGCAGCUCCUGCAACUCAAGCAUAUGUUGAAAGACUUUUUUCAAUCUGUGGCUUGCUCACAAAUGGACGGAGAAAUCGAAUGUCAGCGUCAUUGGAAAUGCGAGUUUUCUUAAAACUAAAUUCUCAUCUAGUCUAGAUGAUAAUCAUAUAAUCACUAGGCCCUUUAUUUGUAAAAUAUAUGAGUAAUUAUUAAAGUCUAUACAAUAA